UCUUAACUGACAAGGUAGAAUAAAACGACUUUCAUCGACAUAAAAAACAGAUAGAGCAUUUCAGAGGGACAGCAAAGGAACUGCAUGAUAUAAAAAUGAAAAUGGCACUUUUGUCAAACAUUUCAAUGGUCAUACUUUCGAUAAUUGGAAUAGUUUUGAAUGGUACCAUAUCCUUCAUCAUCAUGAGCAACCGCAGGCUACGCAGAAGAAAAUCAAACAAGUUUUUACUAAACUUAUUGUUUUCUGAUAUGUGUGUUUGCGUUUCAUUUUUUUGUUACAGCGUCGUGAAUAUUAGUGACGAAAAAAUGAAUUUUGACUCACAUAUGACAUUUGCUUUUCUUAUAUCAGUCUUAAUGUUGCUGUCGUUGGACAAUUUGAUCGUAGUUACAUUAGAUCGAUUAAUAGCCGUCAAAUGGUCCUUUUACUACCAGAACAAGCUGAAAUCGAAGCAUGUCUAUGUUACGAUAUGUGCAGCAUGGUCUAUCACUGUUCUGUAUUUUAUCAUACUUAUGGUCGUUCGACAUACCAGCACUAUUUUAAUCGCUUUCGACCUUGUACAUUUUUCUUUCUUAAGUGUAAUUAUUGCUGGUUUUGUCGUUAUGCUUAUUUCAAACAUUAUUAUAUACGUCGAAGCAAAGAGGCAGCUCAAAGCUAUUUCUAAAACAUUUGUAUCAGCUACCUUGAGUAAGACAGAGCGCGGGAAAAAUAUGCAAAGGCAUAAAGAAUGCAGACUAGUUCGUAUAAGCAUGAGCAUGGUGUUAUCAUUUGUAAUCUUUUGGUUACCUUCUGUGGUUUCUUGCUUUUAUAUGAAAGUACAAGAAAAGUUUUUAUCAGAGGAGUAUCAUUACAUAAGCUGGUGCUUAGUAAGUCUUAAUUAUAUCUGCGAUCCUCUAAUUUACGUCGCUUUGAGCAAAGAUGUUAAAACUGAAAUAAAAAGAAUUUGUAGAAAACGCGAUGCUGCAAUGGACGCUAGCUAUUCCGUUGAAAGUACUACGGUGCAAAAAGAUGUUGAACACUUGUCAGGUAUAAUCUUUCAAAUUGAACCUGUAGAGAAUGCAACGACAACAACAACAACAACAACAACAACAACAACAACAACAACGUGAAAAUGGUGUGAAGCUGCACAUAAUUAUUGUAAAUUAUUUUCUAAACAACUUAAUCCUUUGUAAUCAUGUAUUAUUACUGGCUUUUUUUAGAAUGCAAUCAUGGAAUAAUAACUAAUGGAAGCUAGUUCAAUUUUACAUAUUUUGCACUGUACAAGAAAGUAACGGCAAAAAUGGUCAAAACUCCAUCAUUGACCACAGUACAUCUCUCCUACUUACAAUGUUUGAAAAUAAAAAAAUUCAACAAACACCAAAAUAAAAAGCCGAUGAACGAGGAUUUAUAACGGUGGAGAACAUACACCACCUCAUGUGACUUGCUAAAGAAUUUUUUUAUUAUAAGCAACUUAUGCUAAAUACAAGUAAAGAGAUUUGUUGAAUAAUCCGAUAAAAUUUAGCGUCGCUAAGUUAUUUUACCGAGAACAUGCUGAUUUUCUUAAAACAUAUUGAUAAUUGAUAACAAAACAAUUUGGUGCGGACACAUCUUUUAUAUCAGAAAGUAAAAGUUCUAAUAGUUCUUAAUGCAUUUCUUGAAUAAAUUCUGUGUGUGUAAAAAAUGCUUUAAUGGCACUGAUUUUUGCGGGUAGUUAAUUUCGCGGGAAAAUAUUACAUUUCGUCGGUAUUCAUUUUCGCGGAUGAAGAUCUGCAAAACGGUUUGUGAGUAUUAAUUCUCGAUACCGAGGUAAAAAAUGUUAUCAAUCGUUUUUGAAAGAAAAGCCUUUUCUCAAUGAAACAUCCACAGAAGAAACCUCGUUUCCAGGCCUGUUGUCUCUUUUCUAUAACCGGGACGGCGAGACGAACAACUUUUUCAUCGCCAUCCCGAUGUUAGAAAAGAUACAAGAUGCCCUGGGGACAAGGUUGCCACAGAAGUAUACUUCUUAUUCUUCUCUUUAUCGCUUUAGCCACACCGUUUGAUAAUUUACUUAAAUUGCCCUCUAAUUCCCUCUUGGUCUAAUAUAUUGAAUUUUUUUCGUGCUUUUUUUUCACAUUUAUAAAUUGUCUUAAAGGUUAUUUCGCGGGUACUCAAUUUCGCGAAUUUGGUUUUAAAUUUCCGAAAAGUGCGAAAAGUACAUGUACUAUUAAAAAUCUUAGUUAGAAAAUGCACCAAAUAUAUAUUACAUUGCUUUUUCAGUAUUUUAAAUUAUGUUAGUCUAAAAUUUAAAAUUGUACAAUCCUCAUGGCUAAUUGGCUUCCCCUGGAAAAUUGCCCCCGCCCAUUCCCCUACCUCCCCGCACAAUUUACGUCCAAGAUAACUUUUUUCUGGAGGCUCCCUAGAUUUAUGAGAAAGUCUGUCUUUUAGCGAGUUAAUCUUCUAAGUCAUUCUUUAAUCCUGACUCUUAUGAUAUAUUUUGUUAUUUAAUUAUUACAUUGUUUGCUGAUAAAAUUAUAGUAUUGUGAAAGGAAUUGCAGCGGUGGGGUUAUCCAGAGCAAAGUGUCCUAGAUGUGAGAUAUUUAAGUGGGGCGGGACAUUGUUGUAGAGGAAUUGUUCUGAAGUGGAAGUUACGAAGGAUCAAUUAUUAUUAAAAGGUAGUUAUAUAGGCCAAUGAGUGGGGCAAUUUUUCAAUGGAAAUUAGCGUGGAGAAAUUUUCCCGGGGAGCAAUUAU